AUGUCAAUGAAUGAUGAUCUCUUCAAUGACGAUGAAAAUGACGAUUUACUUGACGAAGGGCACGAUGAACAUGAAGACCAUAACGAGGAGAACGAUCCUUCAGACAUGGAGGUAGAUGAAGACAUGGAGGUAGACGACGACAUGAAUGUGGACGAGGGCAAGUCUCAUGAGCGACAUGACAUGGAUGAUCACGAUAACCAGAACAAUGAUGAUGGAGAGGAUGAUGACGAAGAAGGCGAAGACGAAGAAGACGAAGAAGACGAAGAAGACGAAGAAGACGAUGGCGAAGAGGACGGCGAAGAGGACGGCGAAGAGGACGGCGAAGAGGACGGCGAAGAAGGGGAAGAUGCCGACAAAAGAGAGGAUCAGGUUGACGAGAUACGAAGAAAGGCACUAGAAGCUGUCCGCGCAGCAUCUGAGUUUGAUAUUGUUCCCAUGGUGGCCAUGCCGCAAGCCCAACAAUGUCACGCUGUGGCCAUUUCCGAGGGCCCCAAAUGGCUUCUCACUGGUGGGGAAGAUGGCUUUAUCCGAAAAUAUGAUUUCGCCGCAUCGAUCGAUGGAAAAGCCCCGCUUACCGUCGCUCAGAAACACAAUCUAAUGGACAAUAUUACCAAGGCUGGAGUGAUUGGCUCGUACUGGGAGAAUGAGCAGCCAAUGACCAAAAGCGAGAUCAUCAACCAGAACCCAAAAUUGAAAGACUCUGACUUCACUACAGGCUUCGCAUCUUAUGAACCAAAAACAAACCCUGUUUACUCUUUGGACGUCGAAAGAAAUGGUUUAUGGUGUCUAUCUGGUCUACUUCUGGGAGGAAUCUCGCUUUAUACCAUGAUAUACAACGAAGGCGUGAUGCAUCACUAUUUCCAACACGAUCGCAAAAAAAGCCACGAACCAACCUUGGACUCCGGCCAUCUGGACGCGGUCUCGGUGCUCCGUCUAAAUUAUGAGCAAAAUUCAUUCUUAUCUGGGCUGUGGGAUAAAUCCAUUCGUGAAUGGGAUCUCAAUACAGGAAAAACUAAGAAUUUAUUCAAGGGAAGUACUGGUCAAAUUUCUAGCAUUCAAUACAGGCCUGUCGGCUUGACAGAUCUAACAUUUGACGAAGGAGAGGGGAAUAGUGAUGUCGAUUCACUUUUCGGCAGUGAGGAGGAAGAUGAAAGCGGGGAUACCGGGGACGCCAAUAUUUCAAGGUCUAGCAUAAAGGCUGAUCCUUCCAAAAAUAAAAUGAUCACAGAGGAUAAGAUUUUCAUGAGCUCCAGUAUAGAUGGUGCAAUCAACAUCUGGGAUGCGAGAAUCUCAGGAUCUUCUGCAGUGCUCAAGCUUGGUGUUCCUGAUGGCACCCCGCCAUGGUGCAUGGCAGCAAGUUGGUCCAAUGAUGGAGAUAAAAUCUAUGUCGGAAGAAGAAACAGUACAGUCGAUGAAUUCUCUUUACGCAUGCCACAUGUGAGCAAAUCUGGAAAUGUCCUGUUGCCAAAUGUCCUGAAAAGACUCGCGUUUCCUAAAAUCUCAGGACCUGUGAGCACACUCUCUGUGAUGCCCAAUGAUAACUUCAUAUUUUGUGGCUCCAACGAUAAUAUCCGUCUCUAUAACUUGAAGCUUUACGAUGAAUUCACCCAAGAAACUGCCACAGCAAAGAAACGGGCCACUCCAUUUCACGUCAUCCCAGGCCACCAUGGCGGAGUACUCAGCAAUCUUAUUGUUGAUGAAACCGGGCGAUUUUUGAUCAGCGCGAGUGGAAACAGAGGUUGGGGACAAUCUCCAUACGCGGAUGUUGUUUUAGUCUACUCCAUAGAUACUGAAGCUUCACAACAAUAA